AUGCCAGAGUUGCGUAGUGGAGUCCGACAAUCCCGGUUGAAGUCGAGGAAGGUUGAGGAUCUCGACGUACAGGACCCAGCAGAGAACUUGCCAGUGGCAGCGCCUACGGUGGCAGGAAGGCGUGGCAGAGGAAGGGGUGGGAGAGGUGGAGGGCGAGGAAGGGGAAGGGCAGGAGGAAGAGGGAGAGGUGUUCCUGUGAUUGACUUGGAUCCAGACCAGCCUUUUGAGGUUCUUCCUGGAGCUGGUGUUGGUGGAGGUGCUGUGGGUGGUCCACAGCGCAUUGAGGAAUUUGCUGAUAAGGCUGUCAAGAUGGAUGGCGUGAGUCCUGACAAGAUCGGUGGUGGUGAAGAUGAUGCAUCUCCAGUCCCAGAGAAGGUUCAAGUAGGCCAUUCUCCACAAUACAAGGUAGAGAGGAAAUUGGGCAAGGGUGGUUUUGGGCAGGUUUAUGUUGGCAGAAGAGUGUCUGGUGGAACAGAGCGCACUGGACCAGAUGCUUAUGAGGUUGCUUUGAAAUUUGAGCACCGCAACAGUAAGGGGUGCAAUUAUGGCCCUCCAUAUGAGUGGCAGGUUUAUAGCUCUCUGAACGGAUGUUAUGGUAUACCGUGGGUUCACUACAAAGGCCGUCAAGGGGACUAUUAUGUGCUGGUAAUGGAUAUACUAGGCCCUAGCCUUUGGGAUGUUUGGAAUUCUCUAGGGCAAACGAUGACUCCAAGUAUGGUUGCUUGCAUCGCUGUAGAGGCUAUAUCUAUCCUGGAAAAACUUCAUGCAAAGGGGUUUGUUCAUGGAGACGUUAAGCCAGAGAAUUUUCUACUCGGACAACCUGGAUCACCUGAUGAGAAGAAGCUUUUUUUGAUUGACCUUGGGUUAGCAUCGAGAUGGAAGGAAACAUCAUCUGGACAACAUGUUGACUACGAUCAGAGGCCUGAUAUUUUUAGGGGCACAAUAAGAUAUGCUAGUGUGCAUGCUCAUUUGGGCCGUACUGGUAGCAGAAGGGAUGAUCUGGAAUCACUAGCAUAUACAUUGAUAUUUCUACUCAGAGGAAGAUUACCUUGGCAAGGCUAUCAGGGGGAGAACAAGAGCUUUCUUGUUUGCAAGAAGAAAAUGUCUAUCUCUCCAGAUCUGAUGUGCUGUUACUGCGCACCUCCUUUUAAACUUUUUCUGGAAACCGUGACAAACAUGAAAUUUGAUGAAGAACCAAACUACCCAAAGCUGAUUUCCCUCUUUGAUGAAUUGAUUGAGCCCCAGCAUUUGAGGCCUAUUAGAAUCGAUGGUGCUCUAAAGGCUGGACAAAAACGAGGAAGAGGAAGUCAUGAAGAAGAUGAACAACCGAGGAAGAAAGUUCGACUGGGAAGCCCAGCAAAUCAGUGGAUUUCAGUAUAUAAUGCUAAGAGGCCCAUGAAACAGAGAUACCAUUACAAUGUAGCAGAAGCCCGACUUCAUCAACACAUAGAGAAAGGGAAUGAAGAUGGAUUGUUUAUUAGUUCGGUAGCAUCUUCAGCAAAUCUGUGGGCCCUUAUUAUGGACGCUGGAACUGGGUUCACAUCCCAAGUUUACGAACUUUCGCCAAUAUUCCUUCAUAAGGACUGGAUUAUGGAGCAGUGGGAAAAUAACUACUACAUCAGUGCCAUAGCAGGAGCAACAAACGGAAGUUCCUUGGUGGUCAUGUCAAAAGGAACCCCUUACACUCAACAGUCUUACAAAGUCAGUGAAUCGUUCCCCUUCAAGUGGAUCAACAAGAAAUGGAAAGAAGGAUUUCAUGUUACAUCAAUGACUACAGCAGGGACCCGCUGGGGUGUAGUUAUGUCAAGGAAUUCUGGAUAUUCUGAACAGGUGGUAGAAUUGGAUUUUCUUUAUCCUAGUGAAGGUAUUCACCGGCGAUGGGAGAAUGGAUAUAGAAUAACUUCUACAGCAGCCACUGGUGAUCAAGCUGCUUUUAUAUUGAGCAUUCCCAAAAGAAAAUUGACGGACGAGACACAAGAAACUCUUAGAACAUCCACUUUCCCAAGCAACCAUGUGAAGUCAUAUGGUUGUCCUUUUGUAGGAGAAAUGGGCCAAAAAUCUUUACAUUGCCUCUAUAUGCUAUGGACGGACAGUGUCGUGAGACUUGCAGUCACACCAACUCAGUCAGGGCUGAGCAUAUUAAAAUGA